AUGCCCAGCCGCGCAGAUAGGAUUCGACGGGAGGAGCGAAAGGCACUGGAAGCGCUAGGGGUAAAUAGAGAAGGCGAGAAAUUAUACGCCAAUGUCUGCCUCGUGUUGAAGCCGGCCUUCCAGUGCUUCAGAGUACCAAUGACAGAGCUUCGCAAGGAAACCUGGGGAAAUAACAUGCUCAGCUCCGUCACGAGUGGGCCGCCCAUCAUCUUCCUGGACAAGUAUCAUCCGGCAGUCUUCGCCUUCUUCGCUCUCUUCCUCAACCAUCUACCUCUGUGUCCAUUUAUCAACCUCGGUUUCACCUACAGAGGUUACUACUCCGCCAUGCGCGAAAACGACUUCCAUUACACUAACUCCAUGACCAACAUCGCCAUGAGCUUACUCACCGACGCAUCCAACGAUAGUCAACUGGAACACGCGUCAGACGCUAGAAGGCUGGUGCAUGCUUAUGUCAUGGGCCAGGAGAUGCAAGCACCACACUUCCAGGAUGCCAUCAUGAACGUCAUUGCCAAAUUCUUCCAUCCAGAUGGUCCACCAACACCCGAAUUUGUCCUCUGGGUCUACUCCUUUUGUCCUGAUGACAAGCCGCUUGGCCUCAAGAGAUUCGUCGUCGACUCUUACAACUGGGCUGCUUGCUUUGAUGUCGACCCUUUACCUCGUAUAACCGCUUACAUUCCGGCCUUUCAGCGCGAUGCCAUCCACGCUGCGACUGCUACUCAGAUAGAUCUAUUGAUCAAUCCGCGAGAUGUAUCGAGGGGAACGGAGCCGCAAGAUAUCAUCAUCGACUUUACACGGUUGUACGAUGUGCUUUGCAAUGAACGUCAGGGUCGACUUAAGUGUCGUUAUCACCAUCAUGGGCGCAACGAACUGUGCUUCAACUAUAUUGUUGAUGAUAAAGUGCCAUCUCUGCAUAGUGCUGGGAUUAAUUGGGGUGGCUAG